UCAUUUUUCAGGGGCCAUGGCCGAUUCCCGUAAUAUCACUUUAUUCUCAUCUAAGAGUGUGAUUUAAACUUGAUCUUGGUCUUUGUUAAAUGAGUGCUGGUCAUACCAACAAGUAGAAUGGGUAGUAAGUACUAAGUGUGCUUUAGAUUGACUCACUUACUCACUGACUGAGUGGCUGGCAAGCUGGCCAGAGGGGGACCAAGCGUGUGUGUGUGUGCGUGGCAGUGUGUGUGAUUGUGAACAGGGUGAACUCCACCGUCGACAGCUGGUUAUGAGGCAGCUUCUGAUGGCUGGCCUGCUCCAUCAUACGGUUUUAAAAGUGGAACGAUAACCUUGUCGCCGCCUCCAUGGCAGACAAACGGAUUGAAAUCCCAACUUUGGAUCAAGAGAAGGGCUCAAAAUUGGGAUUGCGAGCCCGUGUGUGUUUUGUUUGCGGAGUUAACACCAAAUCUUACCAUUUGAACUAUGGAGUCAGCACGUGCCUUGGUUGUAGAGCUUUUUUCAGACGCUCUGUGCAACAGAACAAGGGUAAAACUUACCCGUGUAAGAAUUCAAGUGAAUGCAAUGUCGAUGGCGAAUCUAGAAAAAAGUGCCGUAAAUGCCGCUUUCAGAGAUGCCUUAAUGCCGGGAUGAAUCCUGAAUGCGUUCUGAACGAUGAUCAGAAGAAGAAGAGAUUCAAGCGUUCCCUCAAAAGACAAAGGGCAGGGAAAAAGUACCAAACAGAAAAACAGCAUAACGAGAUUCUUUUGAAAGGCAUUUCUACGAAAGAGCUGGAUCCCAUCGAAGACAACACCACUGAGCAAAAGUUGUCCCCCAAGUUGCUGUUCAAGAAGAGGUUUAUAAAACAGUACGAGCAAGAGGUAUCUGCUGCAUCCAUGAAUUUCCCAUCCAAAAGAGACAAAACCAGCUUAGAAAACGAGGUUAGAGAGGCGUGGGAGCAAGCCCUGAAGAUGGUUCCAUGCAUGGCUCUGGUUAAGGAUUGUUUCGUGCAGUUCCACAUGAACGAGUCAACAGUUAUGAGGCCUGCUUUUCACUUCGCCUUAUGUCAUUCGAAAGAUCUAUUUUAUUCAUUCUCUCAAAAUCUAGAAUCUUUUCGAAUGCUCUCAGCCAAUGAUCAGGGCGCUCUCUUGGAAAGUAAUACCUCCAAAUUUCUGGCUCUCAUAACGUCGAUGUACUUUCUAGAAACCAAAAGUGUGGACCAACUUCGAUGGCUCUUCCGAGAGGAGUUGUCUUUUCCAAAGCAUUACGAUCCUGUCACCUUGUUUGAUUAUCAAUUGCUUGGCAGUGAUACCGUGUAUAGGGAUAUUCGAAAUCUUUUGCAACAAUUCAGUUCCUAUGGAGUGAAGUAUGAACACAUUCACGUCCUAGCAGCCUCCUGUUUAUUCCACGUGGAACCAUCGCUGACAGUGCACAUGCUGGAAAUCAAUUCAAUAUCAAAAUUCUUCAAAGAUGUCAGUUCUAUAUCAUCAUGGACCGCCAAAGUGAACAAUAACCUGCAGGACAAUUUAUCAGAACUGGCAUUUGUUCUGGUGGAUCGCUUCUUUGUUGGUUCGUUUGUCGCCAACAAUGUGCGAACCAACCCUGAAUUUAUUGUGGAUGACGAAAUUUGGUUGAACGAGGCGUCAAGUCUGUUGAUGGAUGGAAUGUGCAACAUACCUGUUGAUAAGAGUGUUUUAAAUGAGCUUCUUCACUUCUGCAUCACAAGCACCCAACUACCUGAGCCUUUGAUAAACACCCUUUUUGACCUCUUUAAAGGCAAAUUUCUAGCUCUUUUUAAUCUUCCACAACUCAAGCGAGAAUUUUCAGCAGAUAUUUUAUACCAAUGCCUCGAACCCUCCCUGCCAGGUGCUUUUUGUGCAACUCUUGGGCAUAUAUUGUCGAGAAACAACUUCAUGGGCUCUCUGUCGACAUUUCUAUCGCUCCAAGAACGUCUUUAUCUUCGUGAGAAGAUCAGAGCAGGAGUAACAAGUGUCGGACCAUUAAUGCUGAACAAGGUGGAUCAAACAUCAUUUGUUGUACUUAAUGAUCGGGUCGUCCAAUUUCAAUUUGACAGAAUUCCAAGACAUGCUUUCUUUAAGGACCGUCAAUUGUUUUUGGGUAUGCUUUUGCGUGUUCUAUCCUGCCAAUUGAUUUUGAAACAUCCCGAAUCAACGAUUGCUCGAUUUUGUGAAAAGUUCUUCCUGAAAUGUUCGCAUCGUUUUGAACAAGUUACGAAUUUGUCAUUCACGUAUUUUCAAGACUCUUUAGCUUCUUUGAAACUUUCUUAUGUCGUUUCAAUAGCCAAAAACCAGAAUAUAUGCACCCAAUAACA